AUGCCUGCGGGAUCAUGGCUUUGGGUCACCGCGCCCUCGGCAUUACAUGUAGUCAGUGCUAGUACCAUCAUCAAGAGCGUCACACAAUUGACCUGCACCAACGCGGUAUAUCUCCGACCUCACCACGAUACGUGGCUCGUACCUUCACUGCCGCUUGACGUUGCUUUCGCUACUGGCUGGAACAAGCUUCCGACAGAACUCAAGGUCCAAAUACUAAGCUACAAUUUGUCCUUUCCCGAAACGAUCGACCGAUGCGAGACAAAUAUUCUUCAAGCCCUCGACCACCAUCUUCGUAUAUCUCCCGAGAUCGCCGGUCUUGCAAAGGAAAUAUUCUACGGCCAGAACACCUUCCGCAUACGGCUCAAACGAAUGUUGAGCCAUCGUGGCCUUCCUCUGUUUCCAAUCGCCCAGAAGUCAAUGCGGAAGAUUGUUGUAGACGUCCUUAUGGGUUCCUUUACCGACUGGGAAACUCUGUCAAAGAUCUCCAAGGGGAGCCGCGGACUUUCGAACUUGCGAUACGUCAACGUUGUGAUCAAUUGCCGCGGAGUCAGUUGGAGUCCUCUAAACGAUGAUACAAUCGCGCAGCUUCUUGGGCGUAUACAUGACAGCUGUGACGAGUCUAUCGUAUUCAAAUGCAAAGGCGAACUUACAUUCACCGGUAGGCUGUGGCAGAGCGGCAAUAUUCCCUCGAUUGCCGACGGCAUUCAGAAGGUGGAGGCACUCGUGAGGAGUAAGGUGGCGUUUGAAGACGAUUCCAAGGACGAGGUUUGA